AUGGCCACAACUGAGGCGUUUCUCCGGCAGGGAGUUACCGUCAGAAAGGUGUAUGCCUGCGAGAUUGACGCCAAGACCCGCAAAAUUGCUGCCAAGCGUCUGGCCGUCCUGCACACGUUAUUUCCACAGCUCCUGAGCACAGACGCUAUUAGAGACUGUCAUGACCACUUGAGAGACGACGUCAGCAAGAUCAACAGAGGCCACAUGGCCCAGCUGGAACGUUUUGACCUUGUGGUGGCCGGAAUCCCGUGUCAGGGAUUUUCACGCGCUGCGCAUAACGCCCUAGGCUUGCGCGAUUCGCGAACCAGGCUCUUUGACGAUGCCAUCCGAAUCGUACACCUCAUCAACAACAUUUGGGGCGGCUCUGUGGGCUAUCUGUUUGAAAACGUUGAUGCUAGCAAUCAUCCGCAGGCAGACGUACGAGCAGAGUUUAACACUGUGGUGAAGGGAGUGCUCGGGGACGGCUUCUCAUUUGAUGCGGUGGCCGUUGGCUCUUAUGCUCAUCGCCAACGCCACUGGUGGACCAACCUAGCCCCGGGCAACCUCAUGCUCGAAAUGGUUGAGAAGAAGUUCAAGCACCGCAAGCCGGACCAGAUUGUCCAGAACAUUCUGCAACACGGCCACCGGGCUCAGAACGCUCAGCACGCCCACGCACCUCGGAAAGGUCUCGGUCAACCCAGCGGAUUCUGGAAUGAACCUACGGCUCUGGAGCGCGAGCGCGCUAUGGGAUUCAUGGACGAUACCACCAAGGUCUGCCCCUCUAUUUCAGAGGCUGACCGCAGAAGAAUCCUGGGGAGCACCAUGGACAUGCACGCCCUGCAGUUCAUCAUUGGCAGCAUCCAGUGCUUCCAGUUCGCCUUUUUCACCGAUUGA